ACAAAAACAACACCCUUUGAACAAGACGACUUUACAAUGCAGAGGAAUUACUGCUUGGUUGGUGAUAAUUUUUCUGUCCGAGCUCUGUGAAAGCUGAAACAAAUUUACGCCCAUAGUGAAGAAAACUAUCCCAAAACAGUAUUUUACAAGAGAUUUUUCUAGCCGACUUCUCUGGAACUGCAUUGGGUUUUUAUUACGAUGCCUCACUAUGCCAUCAUCAAUUAAUUUCCAUUCAACAUCUUUGGAAGAACAAUUUUUAAUUUAAUAGUUUCGGAUUCCAUUCACACGCGGUUGUCAGGGCCACCGGAGAAGAAGUUACAAAUAUCCGUCGACAAGGUGUGGGAGCCUAACAUCGUUUUCAACGCUCUAAGCAGGGAAUUAGUUCGCUCAUAGGACUGAACGUUUAAUGGAAAGUUCCUCGCAAACUUGCCAUGAAUAGUCACGGAUUUGGAUUGGAAGAUUUCAGCGAUGAACAAUUUUUUAUCGGCGGGGUAACACUUCUGUUUACAGGACUGAUUGGCUUUUUUGGUAAUCUGCUUGUUUUGAUUGUCACAUACAGAAUUCUUCGGCACAAAAGAAACAUUCCUAAUGUACUAAUAUUAUUCUUAGCCUGGACAGACCUGUUAGUGUUUCCUUUAGCGUAUCCGCAAUCGUUGAUAAAAUAUUUUUUCGGGGUUUACAUUGGAAACUACAUGGGUUGCGAUUUUCAAGCAACAGCUAUCACGUUUCUCUUCAUGUCUUCUAUUAUUCUUGUUGUUCUAAUGAGCAUCGAUCGCCUCCUAGCAUUAAGUGAACCAUUUUAUUACGACAGGCAUAUGAUUUACGACAAGGAGAAAGUUAAAGUGGCAUCUAUCGGCAUCGGUUGCUCAGUUCUUACUUUGAGUUUACUCCCAGCCUUUGGAGUCAGCAGAAAUGUUCUUCAUUUUCCUGGGACGUUCUGUUUAUUCGAAUGGGACUCGGAUUCAUUUGAUGGCCGAGCGCUGGUUUAUAUUUUCAUUUCAUCGUUAGCCUUUGCUAUGUUGUUGGUCAUUUCAUGUAAUUUAAUUACAGUUCUAAUGGCUUUAAGACUCUCGCUUCGUAAACAGGAUAGCAUAAGUAAGCCUCGUUCUGAUGAAGAGGCGGCGAACUCUAGGCCUUUAGAACAUCACUGCAACCCUGGAAAAAUGGAAAUUCAGUUCGCUAAACUAAGUGGUGCUGUUACCUUUACAUUUAUUAGUUGCUGGAGUUUGUUUCUGUUGCGGGUGACGCUUAUCCAAAAUGGCUGGCCAUUUGAGGAACUGAUCGACUUCCUUGCAGUACGUCUGGCUUCCCUUCACACAGUAGUUAAUCCUUGGCUAUAUCCUUUAACAAGGAGGAAAUACCGCGAUGCAUUCUGGUACCUACUGACGUUGUUUGUGUAUUAUGCCACCUGUACACUACUGGUAACCAGGCCUGGUACCACUCUAGAUGAAAUAGUUGGCAUCCAGUCUGAAGCGAGUCAGGUUCGUGAACUCUACCGAGAGGAACGACGACGAUCAAGUGCUCAGCGGCUGGUCAAAUAAAACCAGCGUCUCUGAAGUAGCAUGUCAAGCUCGUGUCAGUGUCUGCUCAGCGGGGAAAUCAGGACCAGUUUAUGCUGAACAGGAAGCACGCUGUGUUAUGACUUAACCCACAGAGGAGCGACGACGAUCGAGUGCUCAGCGGCUUAUCAAAUAAAACCAGCAUAUCAAGUAGCAUGUCAAGCUCGUGCCAGUGUCUGCUCAGCGCUGAAAUCUGGACCAGUUUACGCUAACAGGAAGCACGCUGUGUUACGACUUAACCCAGAGGAGCGACGACGAUCAAGUGCUCAGCUCAGCAUCUGGUCAAACAAAACUGUCAGUCAAGAAGCAUCUCUAACUCUCCAGGCUCCUCUGGCGUCAAUCCUGGAAUCCUUGUAUUCUCCAUCCCAUGUGGUUAAAAUCCAAAAUAAAAUCUGAGAUGAGUCUACAACACCUUUUCACAGGGGCUGAUCUUCACCCAAAUCACGAGAAAAAAAAUUCAUGUGGCAUGCACAUUUGAUGUUUUCGGAAUAAAAACAGCGAUAAAGAAAGUUCUAAAGAGGAAGCUUACUCUGGUGUAUAGUUCCCAUGAUGCAUCUGAAUUCGAAUUGAUUUCUGGUUUUUGAAACCAAAAAUCAAAGGAAAUAACUGUCACUGAAAAUGUACAAUAGUUACUGACCGUGCUUCGUAUCUCUCAAGACAACAAAAAGAGAAACAAAAAAGAACAACAAUAAAAAAGCAAGGAAAACUACAGGCGCUAUUUUCCUGAGAAUGCAAUCACUGAAUCAUGACAACUUUAAAAAAAGUUGUAAAAAGGAUCCUACAUCAGUUUCAGUUCUAGAGUGGGAUCUGGGUACGAGAUUAGUGCGCAGCUCAGUACAUGUGGAAAACUAAUGGUUGUUUAAGAAAUAAUUCAAGUUAGUGAAAUGAACGAAGUCUUUCUGUUUACGAAAAAAAAUUAGUGCUUCAGGGUUUUAGCGGCUUUUCCAAACCAGAACUUCUGAAAGUUUUCAUAGGAGGGGGUGAGGGUAAAGGUUUCAGUGUACAGUGUCGGGAACAUGCACCGUUCUUUGUUGACAACGUGAUUAAUACAGGCCCCGUUUAUUCUUCUCUCUUAUCCACAUCACUGCUUCCUUUAAUUACCUAUUGCUACAAGGAAGGGAAUCAAGCAAUUGAAAAUUGAUUGUUGAAAGUAAUUCGGAGUCGUUAAGAUGAUAUACUUUUGUUGACGUUUUAUUGAGGGAUAUGCAAAUCUGAGUCCCUACCAUAACUCGUUUCUUUGUUUCGCGUAUCUACCAGUUAAAAAUUAGAGGGCUCUCCGUGCAUGGUGCAUGGAAGAUGAUAAGGGUAACAAUUACGUUUGGUUCUGAUUUCGACGUCUACACUACACGGAGAGCUGACAGCCGACAGCAAACCUUUAAACUUUCCAUCAUGUUCAUAAUUUUGUUUUAAUGUGCAUAUGAAAUGAGAUUUCAGAUGGUACACGAAGCGAGUUGUGCAAAAUUUAUUUUUCAAGA